AUGCUUGCAAGUCGCUUCCUGACCAAAAGACUCAUCCCACGGCCAGGGUUUUCACCAGCUUCGGUCAUCUCGGCCCGUGUCAGGCCCAUUCAGACGCAGAACGCCCUGGGUGUUGCUUGUAUGGCCACAAUCACCCAGGCUAUUACCGACGACCACCGCCAUAUCCAGGAUUGCUACAACGAAGUGGUCAACUCGAGUGACCCGGACCACCAGCAGCGUUGGGGCAAUCAGUUCACGUGGGAACUCGCUCGUCACUCGGUGGGAGAGGAGCUGAUUCUGUACCCUGCUUUCGAGUGGCACAUGGGCACCGUGGGAAGCCAGAUUGCCGAGACGGACAGAAAGGAUCAUCACCAGGUCAAGAAAAUGCUCAAGGACUUUCAGAGCAUGAGCUCUAGCGACCCCGAUUAUAUACCCAGGAUCAAGGAGCUUUGGUGCAAGCUCGAGGACCACAUCAAGGACGAAGAAGGCUAUGACCUGCCUGCUCUCGAAGAGAAACUGACACCUGAGCAUUCCGAGUCCAUGGCGAAAAGCUUUGGACGAACCAAGCACUUUGUUCCCAGCCGCAGUCACCCCUUGGCUGGAGAGCAUCCCCCGUUUGAAUCGGUCGUGGGUUUGCUCACAGCCCCGAUUGACCGCCUUACCGACUUGUUCCGCAAAUUUCCGGAGAAGGGGGAGGAGGCAAAGCCGAGCGGGCCAAGGAUUGAUAUACCGCCAGGAAGCAAUGUGAUUCACGACUGA